AUGGUUGCAUCAACAAGUUCAAUUAAAAGAAAAGCAAUGGGUCAACACAGAGAUUUAAUAAUCCGGAAGUGGUAUACGGAAUAUGGGUGUAGUGAGGUAGGAAAAUUAUUCGAAGGAUUUGGUCUUAACCAAAACAGAAAACCAAUAAUCUCCUAUAUUUUUUUAAUCUUUGAUUCAAAAUUAUCUAACUUUGUUACUUUUGGCUUGAGGAUCUCUGAAUUCAGUGCAAAGGUCCUUCCAACAAUAAGCUUGGCAAUAGUGAAAAAUGUAAUAAAACCAACGGAGGAAACGCUUGAAUUGUUACAAGACUUCGAUAUGGGUUGUGAUCACUUACUUAGAUAUUGUCCAAGAAUUUCGUGUCAACUAAAAGGCCAUUGUCCAAGAAUUCCGCGCCAUUGCAUAAAAUGCUGGGCCGCUGAUCAUAGAACACCAUCAUCUAAGCUACAAUUACCAUUAAGCUCUUCUACUCCAGAAAGUAUGAGAAUAACUGAAAGUGAAUAUAAUAUUUAUUAUCACUAUUUAGGCUUGUAA